AUGGGAGAGCACGAGACAAAGAGAAGGUACUCGCUUAGAAGAAGGAAGGAUCCUUCGAAGGAGGUUACAAGGGCUAGAGGAUCCAAGGUUGAGAAGGAUUUAGACUUGGGUAGAACAGCCUUGAUCGGGAAGUGGCUGGAGAAGCUAAAGGACCUUGGGCUGAAUAGCGAAGAAAAUACAAUUCUAGAGAAGAAGAGUACGAGAGAUGGGGAAGAGGUGUUUGGAGCUUCUAAUAAAGAGGAUUCCUGUAUUGAGGAAUGGAAAACGACAUCAAAUGAGGAGAGAAAGGAAAAGAUUCGGCAGUUUGGUGGGAUAUCACAUUUAGAAUUUAAAGGACUGAGUCUAAAUUUCCAUCUUUAUCUUCCAAAGACUCUCCAGAAGUUGUCAAGAAUAUUCCGCGUCUUAGAAACAAUUCAACGCUUUAAUACAGCAAGAAACCUGACAACGAUUUUUAUAAAAUCGUUAGGAUGUAUAGAAAAUCUUGUUAAACAGCGAGUGCAGGUGGAGGACAUUGAAAGAAUGUAUUACAUAGCUCCGAGGCUUUUUGGAUUCAAAAGGAUAAAUAUUCACCAUGACGGAAAGGAAGUUAGGACUUUUGUCAUUUAUAUUAAUGGAGAAGCAAGGGAAUUUAACGAAGAGCUUGAGAGGUAUGUUAAAGAUUGCCACCUAAAGUUUCUCAAAGAGAGGGGAUAUGAUUACAAUGGAAAUGGAUUCCAUCCUGAAUUUGACUUUGAAGAGAUCCCCUUGUAUAGGAAGCCUUUAUUUCCUGAAGAAGCUCAAGAGGAAGAAGCCUCUGGAAACGAAAACCUUAUUCCGGUGAAAAGAAAUCUUAAAAUAGAAGAAGUAGCCAGGAAAAGAGCAUCUACCAUAUUGGAAAGGAUAAGGGAGAAGGAAAGGAUGAGAAGAGAGGAGUUUAUGAAUAAAUCUAAGGAGGAAGAGGAUAAUGUUCUUUUGAGCAAUAGAAUCCAAAUCCUAUUUAAGUCAGAAAACAAGCGUGCAAUUCCAGUUAGUAGAGUCGUGGAGCUAUUGAAGAUAUUUGAUGGAGCAAACACAAUUAACAGAAUCAUCAAAUGGGAUUCCUCUCUGUUUUACAUAAAAACCAUGAACGGAACGGAGUACCUUGUCUCUAAAGGCUAA